UUCUUGUCACGUGACCCGGCACGCCGCGCAGGAAGACAUCCAAGAUGGCGGCUGCUGGAGUUUUUCUCCCUGGAGCCCUUUUUAGGCCAACAGCAUGUCUUGGAGUUCGAAACAUGGCAACCUUGAAGGACCUGUCGGUGAGGUUAAAGUCAGUAAAGAAUAUCCAGAAGAUCACCAAAUCCAUGAAGAUGGUAUCAGCUGCAAAGUUUGGCCGUGCUGAAAAAGAAUUAAAGCCAGCAAGAUCCUUUGGUGCAGGAGCAGCAGCGCUUUACGAAAAAGCUGAGGUCAAGCAAGAACAAGAAGACCCUAAACAUCUGGUUAUUGCUAUUUCCUCUGAUCGUGGUCUGUGUGGAGGCAUUCAUUCUGGGCUAGCAAAAGCUGUCAAAGCUGAUCUAGCAGAAAAUCCUGACAGAAAAACUUUCCUUAUCUCAUUUGGCGAUAAGACAAGGCAGAUUCUGCAGAGAACCCAUGCCGCACACAUGUUGAUGAACUUUACUGAUAUCGGAAGAAAGCCACCAGUGUUCUGUGAAGCAGUCUUCCUUGCUCAGGAAAUCCUAGACAGUGGUUUUGAAUUCAACAUGGGUGAGAUGUACUACAAUACAUUCAGGUCUGUGGUGUCUUAUAAAGCAACUACCAAGCCAGUGUAUUCAUUUGAUAACCUAAACAAGGCUAGUGAAGAUUCCAUGAGCUCCUAUGAUGACCUUGAUUCAGACGUCAWCCGUAAUUAUCAAGAGUUCUCCCUGGCUAGUUUACUGUUCUUUGCUAUGAAGGAAGGAGCUUGUAGCGAACAGAGCUCUAGGAUGACAGCCAUGGAUGCUGCCAGCAAGAAUGCAGGUGAGAUGAUUGACAAACUGACAUUGACGUACAACAGAACAAGACAGGCUGUCAUCACAAGGGAGUUGGUAGAGAUCAUCUCUGGCGCUGCUGCUGUUUAGGCCAUGAUUGUUGUUAUUUUGAGCGUGAAUGACAUGAUGUGUGUUUAAAUUUGUCACACUUUUUCUGGGGAUUAUUUGUGAUCUAAUAAACUUCAAAUUCCACUUAGGGCUCAAA